UUUCAUUUUCAGGCUGUGCCUAGAGAAGCUGCCCUUGGUCGCUGGGAGCUGUUGAGCCUGGCCUCCUCUCCCUGUCAUUUUCUGGGAACAACUUGUGGUCGAGAAGGUGGAGGCAGGAGCUCUGGGGUGGCCUAUGCCCAGCCUGUCCACUAGAGGUGUCUUCAAAACCAGCCUCUGAAUGCCCCACUCCAGCCUGCAUCCGUCCAUCCCACGACACAGGGGUCAUGGGAUCCAGAAGGCAGCCUUCAUCCUGCUGAGUGCCUGUCUAGUGGCCGUUUGGGGGCUAGGGGAGCCACCAGACCAUACUCUCCAGUGGCUGGUGUCUCAACUAGCCUCCCUGCAGCUGGGGCUGCUGCUAAAGGGGAUCUGCAGUCUGGCUGAGGAGCUGUGUCACAUUCACUCCAGGUACCAGGGAAGCUACUGGAGGGCUGUGCGGGCCUGCAUGGGCUGCCCCAUCCGCCAUGGAGCCCUGCUGCUGCUGUCCUGCUAUUUCUUCUUCUCCCUUCCAAACAUGGCUGACCUGCCUCUCUCAUGGAUGCUUGCCCUCCUGGGCCUCUUGCAGGCAGUGAACAUCCUCCUGAGCCUCCAGGGCCUGACCCCAGCUGAGGUCUCUGCAAUCUGUGAAAAAAGGAACUUCAAUGUGGCCCAUGGGCUGGCAUGGUCAUAUUAUAUCGGGUACCUUCGGCUGAUCCUGCCAGGGCUCCAGGACAGAAUCAGAAUUUAUAAUCUGCAACACAACAACAUGCUACGGGGUGCAGGGAGCCAGCGGCUGCACAUCCUCUUCCCAUUGGACUGCGGGGUGCCUGACGACCUGAGGGUGGCCGAUCCCAACAUUCGCUUCGUGCAGAAGCUACCCCAGGAGACCGCUGACCGUGCUGGCAUCAAGGGCCGCAUUUACACCAACAGUGUCUACGAGCUCCUGGAGCAUGGACAGCCGGCAGGUAUCUGUGUCCUGGAGUAUGCCACUCCCUUGCAGACCCUGUUUGCCAUGUCACAGGAUGGCCGAGCUGGCUUUAGCCGGGAAGAUCGGGUUGAGCAGGCCAAACUCUUCUGCCGGACGCUUGAGGACAUCCUGGCAGAUGCCCCCGAAUGUCAGAACAACUGCCGCUUCAUUGUCUACCAGGAGUCUGCAGAGGGAAGCAGCUUCUUGCUGUCCCAGGAAAUUCUCUGGCACCUGCGGCAGGAGGAAAAGGAGGAGUUUACUGUGGGCAGUGUGGGGACCUCAGUGGUACCCGGUCCCUCUUCCCCAAGUACCUCCUCACUGUCCCAAGAGCCCAAGCUCCUCAUUAGUGGCCUAGAACAACCUCUGCCACUCCGCUCGGAUGUCUUCUGAGACCCAGAGUCACCUUGCCUGAGCCUCAAGUGAUUCCCAAGAUUCUGAAUUCAGACUCUCUUCAGCAGUUGAAGGUCCAGCAGAGCCAUUUCCUCCUACAGGGGACCAUGCAGAGAAGAACUCUGGACUUAACAUCCAAAGGUGGGUCCUGUGACUUUGGGCAAGUCUUUUCAUCUCUCUGAGCCUCAGUGUCAUCAUCUAUGAAAUGGAAUUGUGAUUAUUACCCUUCCUACCUCACAAGGUUGUUGUGAGGGCUAUGAGUAUAUAGAAGUUUUCUGUAAACUCUAAAUACUAGGUAAACUUAAGAGAUGUGGCAGGUGUCUUCCAUUUGACCCUCCAAAUUUACUCUUUGCCUUUCUCCAAGUCCUCUGGCCCAGAAUGCUGACCUGUCUGGAUGGCAUCACUGGGCUCCCUUGCACUCUGGCUUCUGGUCAUGUUCAGUCAGUGGGGAGCCCCAGCAGCAGAAUAGGUAGGAGGGGGACAGUGAAGUUGGGGGACUUACUCAGGGUCCCUCCCUGCAGUAUCAAGGUCCCUGUUGGCUCUCUGCAUUCUGGACCUAAAGUCAUAGCUCCUAUAGGGUGACCAUCUCUAUAAUCCUGUCUACAUCCAGGUUCCAGUAACUGCUUCCUCUUCUUGCCCUUUCAGGCCUAGGGGUGGUGUCAUGGAUUGAAUUAUGUCCCCCAAAAUACAUAUCAACUUGGUUAGGCCAUGAUUCUCAGUAUUGUGUGGUUGUCCUCCAUUUUGUGAUUGUAAUUUUAUGUUAAAGAGGAUUAGAGUGAGAUUGUAACUCCCAUACAGGUCACUUUCCUGAUCCAACGUAUGGGAGUUUCCCUAGGGUGUGGCCUGCACCACCUUUUGUCUUACAAGAGAUAAAAGGAAAGGGAAGUGAGGGAGGGGGGACGGGGGGCCUCGUACCACCAAGAAAGCAGUGCUGGGAGCAGAGGGCAUCCUUUGUUCCUGGGGUCCCUGCACAGAGAAGCUCCUAGUCCAGGGGAAGAUUGAUGAGCAGGCUGACAGAGAAAGACUUCCUCUGGAGCUGACAU